ACAGCGAGACAGAGAGAGAAAGAGAGAGAGUGAGAGGUGGGGGAGAACAGUAGAGAUCACAGGAGCAGUAAUUCUUCUUUCUGGAAGGAAGGAAAGAUGACCCUGCUGUGACCAAGACUCCUCUACCAGUGUCUAAUGAACAGGACUGGAGAAGAAGGACUAGUUGCCCUCUGAGGAAGACUGACUGGAGAGAGAGUGAGAGGGAGAGAGAGAGAGAACUGUGCUGCCUUUCCUUCUGAGGAAGACUGGAGAGAGAGCGAGAGGGAGAGAGAGAGAGGAGAAAAAUAGAGAGAGGGAAAGAGGACUCUGACUCCGCAGGUUGCUAAUCCCUGAAGCUGAGAAGAAGAAGGAGAGAGCAGAGAGAGAGAGCAGAGAGAGAGAGAGAGAGAGAGCGAGGCAAAGCCACGCGCACUGUGAAAGCAGGAAUUUGUGUGUGUGUUAGUGUAUUAGCCUAAAUCUCUCUGCAUCCCUCCAGCCCUCAGCUCUGCCUGCCUGCAUGGCAUAGCCUCUGCCUCUGCGAGAGAGAGCAAAAUAAAUAUUGAAAGAGAGAGGGGUCCAUCCGAAAGAUUCCACAGCAAUUCCCCGUCCGUCCAUCAGCAUGUCGUCCAACGAGCUGAGUGCUCCAGACGCUGACUCCGGAUGCAUCCGCACCUUUAAAGAACACAUGCACCUGGAGCUGGAGCCGCCCAAGCUGAACACUGGCCAGGGGGGGAAGAGGGGGGCCACGUCGCCCAAACUGUCCCCCCGCAGUUCCCCGCGCUUCUUUCGCAAGCUCAUGGUCAACAAGGGGGGGAUCCGCCACCGUCGGCGCUUCACCGUCGCUCACACCUGCUUUGACGUGGAGAAUGGCCCGUCAGCCAGCUGCAGUCCGUUGGACCCUUCAGCGUCUCCCGGGUCAGGCCUGGUCCUACACACCAACUUCCCUGGACACAACCAGCGCAGAGAGUCCUUCCUCUACCGCUCGGACAGUGACUACGAACUCUCGCCCAAGUCCAUGUCCCGAAACUCCUCCAUCGCAUCCGAACUACAUGGUGAUGACCUGAUAGUAACGCCUUUUGCUCAGGUCCUCGCAAGCCUUCGAAGUGUAAGAAACAACUUCACUGUCCUGACCAAUGUCCAAUGUGCUUCAAACAAGAGGUCCCCUGCGGCCACUCAGCCUCCCAUCACCAGAGUCUGUCUGCCAGACGAGUCGUACCAGAAGCUGGCCAUGGAGACCAUGGAGGAGCUGGACUGGUGUCUGGACCAGCUGGAGACCAUCCAGACCUACCGUUCCGUCAGCGACAUGGCCUCCAACAAGUUCAAGAGAAUGUUGAACCGGGAGCUGACGCACCUCUCAGAGAUGAGUCGCUCCGGCAACCAGGUGUCCGAGUUCAUCUCCAACACCUUCAUGGACAAACAGAACGACAUGGACAUGCCGUCUGUGACGCCCAAGGAGAAGGCUGGUCGGGAGAGGAAGAAGCAGCAGCAGCUGAUGACUCUGAUCAGCGGGGUGAAGAAGGUCUCUCAUGGACCCUCCCUCUCCAACUCCUCCAUCUCACGCUUCGGGGUCAAGACGGACAAGGAGGACAUGCUCUCCAAGGAACUGGAGGAUCUGAAUAAGUGGGGUCUGAACAUCUUUACUGUGUCAGAGUACUCCGAACAUAGACCUCUCACCUGUAUCAUGUACGCCAUCUUCCAGGAGAGAGACCUGCUGAAAACGUUUAAGAUCCCGACAGAUACGUUUGUGGCGUAUAUGAUGACCCUGGAGGACCACUACCAUGGAGACGUGGCCUACCACAACAGCCUCCACGCUGCAGACGUGGCCCAGUCCACACACAUCCUGCUCUCCACACCAGCCCUCGACGCGGUCUUCAGCGAUCUAGAGAUCCUGGCGGCCAUCUUUGCUGCAGCAAUCCAUGAUGUGGACCACCCGGGGGUGUCCAACCAGUUCCUCAUCAAUACCAACUCUGAGCUGGCCCUGAUGUACAAUGAUGAGUCUGUUUUAGAGAACCACCACCUGGCUGUGGGCUUCAAGCUGCUGCAGGAGGACAACUGUGACAUCUUCCAGAGCCUGACCAAGAAGCAGAGGCAGAGCCUAAGGAAGAUGGUCAUCGAAAUGGUCCUGGCCACUGACAUGUCCAAACAUAUGAGUCUGUUAGCUGACCUGAAGACCAUGGUGGAGACCAAAAAGGUGACCAGCUCUGGGGUCCUGCUUCUGGACAACUACACCGACAGAAUACAGGUGCUGAGGAACAUGGUUCACUGUGCUGACCUGAGUAACCCUACCAAGUCUCUGGAGCUGUACCGUCAGUGGACUGACCGCAUCAUGGAUGAGUUCUUCCACCAGGGAGACAGGGAGAGGGAGAGAGGCAUGGAGAUCAGCCCUAUGUGUGACAAACACACCGCCUCAGUAGAAAAAAGCCAGGUGGGUUUCAUAGACUACAUCGUCCACCCUCUGUGGGAGACGUGGGCUGACCUGGUGCACCCUGACGCUCAGGAUAUCCUGGACACUCUGGAGGACAACAGGAACUGGUACCAGAGCAUGAUCCCCCAGAGCCCCUCUCCUCCCUGGGCCACUGAGCAGCGUGAGCAGGGUGGAGGCGAAGGGGGCCAGGGGGGAGACAAGUUCCAGUUUGAACUCACCCUGGAGGAGGAGGACUCUGAGGGUACAGAGAAGGAUGAACAGAGCCAGGGGGAUGAGGAGGAGGAGGAAGAGGAUAGUCUGGGGGAGGCGUCUCGGUCUCCGGUUGACUACUUUGACUGUCAGGACCCAGAGGAAUCUAUGGAGCCCACAUCGUCCAUAGCGAUAAUUACCCACAAUGCGUCACCCACAGACACUUAAUGGGCUCUGCUGCACCGCAAUGGUGGUUGGUUUCAUGUUUUAAACAGGAGAAAUCCUGCAGCUGUGCUUUUUAACAAGCCCACGGGGGGCUUAGUUUGAGCCCGGACAGGGCGUCAGUUUCAAUCCCCCCUAUCCUUGCACUUGCGUUGGAAGCCGGCAACAGAGGGACAGUUUCAGUGGGGCGGCUACGGAGUUCUCAGGAAAAAUGCUGCAAACAUUUUGGGCCUGACGGACAGACAGGACUCUGAGGAAAUGAAAUGAAGGACUUGGGCCAAUCUGGGAAAUGGUUCUUUAUCCAUCCCGACUGGCAUAUGAAAUGUUGACACUACUACUGAGAGAAGUUUUGUACCUUGUGACUUUUUUACUGAAAUGGGAUGUCAUGAAGUAGCAUAUGAACUACUGAUUGAUGGACAUGAGUUUGUAUAGAGAGAAAAAAGCUGUUUACUUUUUUCCUGAACCAUUUGUCAAAAUACUUUUGUGUGCCUUUUUUACUAUUGUCUUUUUAAUCGUUUUUAUUUAUUUAUUGAACACACUUUAGUAUGGACGUGUUUUUUGUGUGUUUUUUUUUUGUUAUCCGAAAGCUCAAGUGCAAAAUCCUUUUAUAUCUCAGACAAAGAUAACAGUCUUCCUACUAGUAUUGGGCAAUAGAAGAAAUCCAAACUAACUUAGACAAACAAUUCCUGGACAUACUCAUCAAAUACUAAAAACAUGUUUUCCCAUAAUAAGAAAUGCACAUUCUGUCAUCUUAAUCCAUGCACAAAAUCUAUGUUUCUAUAUGGAAAUUAAAUGUACACAAUGUACACAUUCAUGUUACAUGUCUAGAUUGUCAGAACUCACUGUAGACAAAUAGAUGCUCACUCUAACUCCAAAAAACAGUUAUACAACCUUAGUCCAUUUCUGACAUCUAACCUGCUUCCUCACAUUCUCCUUGAAUUAUCCCCCCUCCACUACCCUCAUGGAUCAAAUCCUGAUAUCGUUCAGACUCCAAACAAAUGUCAACAGAAUAGACAGAAAUAGCACUUGGUAGCCAAAGCAAAGUUUCUCAUCACAUGGAGUUGGAAGGCUAUUUCCAGCUCCCUUUCCAGGUAUCCUGCUGUUGUCUAUUAGACCAAAGAUUCCAGAACCUAACUGCUUCUGAUGAUGUAACAAUCUAACUAAGGAAGGACCCCCUGUCCAUGUAGAAUAAGGACCAGUACACAUGAUGAAAGGUGGCCUGGCGGCUGCAUGUCUAGAAGUCCAGUCACACCUUGGUCAGCUGUAUUAUAAUUAUCCACAUGGUUUAUACAGUUCAGCUAUUUCUUCAUCCACCUAAUAAAACAGAAUGAAGUGCUACUUCUGCCCAUUGAAGUCAGUCUUCCCUUCCCACUAACUGUAUCACAUUUCCUGGCCGGGCCGGGGAGUUAAUCAGGAUUUGGUCCGUUAGAUGUAAUCCUCAGAAUAGAUUCGGCACGUACAAACUGUUGAGUGUCUGCUGCAAAAACCAAACCAGAGGAGAAAAAGACUUAUUCCUGAGAACAAGAAGAUGAUAACCUACAUUAGUAGGCUAUCUAGAGAUUAUGUGAAAGAGAUACCAAACCAAAAGGCCCCCGGACAGUGUAGUUCACUGUCACUGUGGGUCAGCAUUAAGACCGUCAACCCCAGGCAGUCUGCAAGGCAGAUUGUCCCUUACAGGCCUCCAUGACUGGUUUUCAUGAUGGCUUAUUCAGGAUCUAUGACCUAUUCUCCAUUAUUCACUUAGGUUUGCUGACAUACUCAAAGGUACUUCAACUACCUUAUUGUCUAUACCCCCACUCACUCCAGCAGGCUUACAUGGUAAUCGUGUGUGUCGAUGAGCGUGUGUGUGUGCAUGUCAUAAAGUGUGUGUGUGAGAGUACGUGUGUGUGCAUGUUGGUCUUUGUCACCUAGGCAUGACUCCUCUUACUGUCUGUCACUAGAGCUCAAGCUGGUCCGUUGCUGUUUAUAACAGUGUAUUUAUUACAUUCAGCUGUACUGUACAUAAGAAUACUGUUUCAGUCAGUGUAAAUCUAUUUUAAUUUAUAUGCACUUGCAUUACCUGGAAGUGGUGGUGUCUAACAUGUACAAGGCUCUGCGUCGGAGUCUUUCUAUAUUCUGUAUUAUAAUAUUGUUUCGUUUUUUUAUAUUAUAUAAUAAGUAAAUAUAUAUUCGCACAAAUGUUUGAGUGCCCUGAGCAGCAGCUAAAGAGACGUAUUCGCAACCUGUAGGUUUACAACGCAUAGAGGACAUGUUAAACAACAGAGACCUGGGUAGAACUAUGAUACAGGCCCGCUGUGGAGAACACAAGCUUUUAUACUGUAGUCUAGUAGUCUAUCACUAUGCUUGGUAUCAAUACCAAAUCCACACCAAGAUGUUCUCCUCUCAGCAGCUUGUAAUAGUGACUAAACCAGGCUCCUCUGUGCAACAUUUUGAAUGCAGAUUGCUGAUUUGGGUUUCAGAUCUACUGGUUCGACAGAAGUAAGGAAUAGCAACAGAAAGACAGACAAACAGAACCAAGCGUCUGUUCCUUUACACGUCCUUCCAUGUUAAAGUAGUUCAAGGGGAUUAUUGGUGGCAUGCUACAAUAUCUCUGAGCACCAACGUGAUGAAUCGUUACAAAAAUGUGAUCUUCUUGUAAUUGAUCGUGCUAUUGUGAACUAUUUUGAUUUGACCAAAACUUGUUAGCAGUUUUGAAAUUCAAAUUUGUCACCAGUAUAACAUUGUUAAUCUAUGUUAAACAUUUUGGUCCGACUUGUGUCCAAAUGGUUAGCCAAGCUUGGCGCUAUCUGCAUGAGAGAUGUUAUUAUUAUUAUUUUUUUACAUGUCUUUUGAAUACCUACCUAACGCGUUACAGUCGCAGCGGACAUAUUAAAUGUUUCACACAAUGUAUGGUAUAAUAUUGUAUAUUGUGUUAAAAUAUCUGAAAAUCUGAAAAUACUUUUUCUAUGAAGUGAUUAAAAAACAAAGCAUGAA